AUGCCUAAGGUAACUCCUCAUUACUGGCCCUAUGGGGAUUCUCAUACCCCCCUCUAUGAAGGCGAGAAGGGGAAUGACCACCUCGCCCGUCCUUCUCUUAAGAUGCCACUCUCCCUCCUUGCAGUACCUCAAACUUACGUUGGGGGACAACAAGAAAAAUCUGGAUAUUCAGAGAAAGUUAAAGGACUUCUAUAUUUUUGUGGAAAAUCUUUAGAAAGCCGUCAUAAGCAAAGGCUGACUAUAAGGGAAUUUAUAUUUACUCACGGCUUGGACAAAUGGAGUUUGAAUUCUCGUGUUGACUGUUGGAUUAACUAUGUGGUUAAGAGUGAUGUCAAGAAAUUGAGCCUUCAUUUUGCAGCAGGAUAUUAUGACUUACCUAGCGUUUUGGUUGCAAAAUCCAUAACCGUGUUGAUUUUAAGGCAGUGUAAGUUGGAUGCAAACUGUGGUGAUAUAAACUUGCCCUUUUUGAAAAAACUGUCUUUAUCUUACGUUGAUGCAGAUGAUAAAACUAUUCAAAAACUAGUUGCUGGGAGUCCUGUGAUAGAAGACAUGAAAUUUUUGAAGUGCCACGGAUUGAAAAGUAUAAAGUUCUCCGGUCUCAUUAAAGCCAAGUCGAUUGAGGUGGAACUCAAUGAUGAUCUUGAGAGACUUGAGUUGGAAGCAUCAAAUCUUUGUCGUGUAGUUAUAUCUCAGACUAAACAAUGUGAGAUCAAUCUGCUCUCUUCUAAUAAUGUGAGGAUGCUAACAUUAAGUGCACCAAACAUAACAGACAAGUGGUUACACAAUCAUUUUUCUCAACUUCCACUAAUUGAGUACUUGAGCAUAUAUAGUCGUACGCUGGAAAGACUUAAGAUUUCAAUUCAUAGUCUUAAGACAUUGUACUUAAUGCAUUGGGGCAGUCUAAUUGAAGUCGACAUUGACACUCCUAACUUGUGUAAAUUCACAUAUUGUGGACGUAAUGUAAUACCCUUCUCGUCAAACGCUUUGGCUCUGUCGGAAGUUACCUACCAGAUGCUAAAGCCACCACUGGACAUUGCUCCUUGGAAUGUUGAAAAGAUUGAAUUUCUGACAAAGCUGGGUAAAUCCAAACAAUUGACUUUGACAAGUACCUCAGCCAAGGAUUUGGUUAUACCGAAGAAAUUGAGAGAUUCCCUACCAUCCCCACCAUAUAAUGUCAAGCAAUUGAAGGUGGAAAUAUCUCAGCCACGUACUGGACAAGAAAUUGUUGAACUUGUGGAUAGCUUGCUCUGGAUUUCUCCUCUUCCAGAGAUUCUAAUCAUACUGCAUAGGAUCAACAUGGAACCCUGGAUGACUUUCAAGUUCUCCUAUAAAAAGCCUAUUCUUGAAGGGGAGAAGCCUAGUUGUUGCAAAUUCCUUCCAAUUCCAUGUUGGAGGCAUUGCCUAAAGUCCGUAAUGAUUGAGAACUUUAGGAUGUCUGCAGAUGAAGAAACUCAAAAGAAAGAUGAAGAAAGUCUAGAGAAAUAUUUUCACGAGAACACAGAAAGCUUGGAGAGCUUCCAAUUCCUUGCUGGUGGCAUUGCUUCAAAUGUCAGUGGACAAAAAAAUUGA